UGAUCUCUCGCUCAACAUGACGAGCAGAGGGCUAAAUGCUGCUGCUGGAGCAGCAGUAUCGGCCAGAUGUAUAACACUUAUUGUGUCAAUCGCGGUGUUGCGAGAUGUGGUGGCCUGGCGGAACGGGGCCUGCCUCCAAAGGUUGCGAGGUCCACCAGUCUCGGGGCAGAUACGCGCGCACCGCCGGUCAAAAGGCCUGUCGGGAAGUCUGUCUCCACAUCGUGACUCCGGGCGCCAAAGUGCCAAGCACCAUCCCACCACCUCUCGCCGGCGGAGAGGCCGAUUGCGCAGCGGAAGCACUGUCCACGACUGGCCGCUCUCGCCCCAGCGAAGCCCACCGAGCACCCCCGAUGUCGCCGAUCGCGAGGAACACGAGCCGGUAACCGCAGUGGCAAGUGUUGGGGCUUUGCGAAAUGGUACAAGUGCAGAAACGAUGAAUCAUCGGGCCGCAGACACCGUAGGUCUUGCCCACCAGACGCAAGGCGGAAGUAACCGAUGCCGAAGAAAGCGGCAGCGGCGGCGCCAGCGGUUGCGCCUGCAGACCUUAGGAGACAUAGAGGUAGAAGCCGCGGAGGGUUUGUCGGCGAUGGAGCCUAGCAUCGUCGAGGCUGAGAGCUUGGGCCUUGAGACUGCAAUUCGACCGAGCACCGGCGUCGGAGCAGCGGUGGCACCUGGCGUUGUAGAUAACGAGGCGAACGUUGCCAACAGGGAAAGACGACAGCGGCAGCAGCAGCUGCUGCAGGUGGAUGGUGUCGUGUCUACUGACGAGAUUGCCACUAGAGACGACGCGGACACCGACCUCUCCCGUUCUGGUGGGAAGGAUGUGUCAUGCUCAGGUUCUGGCUUUUUCUCUGAAGAACGCAGUAGUACCAGCACCAGGGCGAGGCCGUUGGCGACAGGGGGGUUGGAAAGCUCACAGCUGAUGGCUGAGCAAGCGGAAACCCUGCUUCAAGGAGGGCAUUCGAAGGCCGUUCAAGAAAAUUUCGCCUCAGAAGUCCCGAAGUAUUCGGAGGAAGAUGAUGACCGAUUUAUGCGUAUGGCUUUACGGUUGGCAGGACGAGCCCGCAUGGAGGGUGAAGUGCCGAUUGGAGCUAUUUUGGCGGAGACCGUACCGACAAGGAGAGAUGGAAGGCGACGAGUGCUGUCGACCGGCAGAAACGAAGUGGAGGGGCGCCGUGACGCCUCGGCGCACGCCGAAAUGCUGUGUCUCCAGGCUGCGGCAAAAGCACGGAGCAAUUGGAGGCUUGCCGGGACCACGCUCUAUGUCACAGUGGAGCCUUGCGCCAUGUGUCUUUCAGCCGCACAGCUUUUCCGGGUGGAUAGGGUGGUGUUCGGAGCCCCGAACCCUAAUCUCGGGGCUUGUGGCGGCUGGGUGGACCUGUCCUCUCAAAGACAUGCCUUUCACGAGCUCGAAGUAAAGGGGGGCGUGCUCGCGGAGGAGUGCGCGUUACCCUUGCGUGGAUUUUUUCGCUCGAGGAGAAGAGAGGGGGAGAUAGUGUCGGUCGGCGACGGUGUUGCUGACACGCCGUGA